AUGAACUACAGAGGACUAGUAAUCGCGUGCUUCUAUGGCGGAAUGUCAGUCGCGAGCGUGUUUAUCAACAAGGCCAUUUUCCACGUGUAUCAUUUCAACCAUCCGUACACGCUGGUUCUGGGUCAAACAUGCUUCACGCUCGUCCUCCUACUGCUCAUGCGACGGUUUCGAGUCAUCAGAUUGGCACCGUUUCAGUUCUACGUCUUCCAACGAGUCUUCCUUCUGUCCUUCGCCUUCCUUCUGAAGCUCCUUCUAGACAUGUCCGCCCUUUCUAGAGUCAACAUCCCCAUGUACGGGGUCCUCAAAUCCUCCACCACUCCCUUCGUCCUCCUCCUAGAUUACUUCCUCCGCUCCAAGAAGGCUUCAGCGCGAAUCCAGCUAGCCGUUUACCUCACCACAGCAGGGGGGUUUAUAGCAGGGCUAGGAGACCUGACCUUUGACCUGCCAGGCUACAUCCUGGCGCUUUCAUCCGCGUUAGCAACAGCCGCGUAUGUCGUUAUAGUGGGAAAGCUUGGGGAGGAGCUACAGCUGGACUCGUUCACGCUGCUGCUGUACAACAACUUCUGGUCGCUGCCGUUCUCGAUCCUGCUGGUGGUGUGGAAUGGGGAGCUGGUGGCUGUGAGACAGGUGCUGCACCCGCAGAGCGCCAUGUUCCUGUUUUACUUUGUGCUCUCCUGCGCGUCUGCGUUCAUUCUCAACCUCGCCACGUACCUCUGCACGCUCGUCAACGACUCGCUCACUACCAGCAUUGUCGGUAAGGAUGGCUUUUGGGUGCCUCAAAGGGGAAGAAGGAUGGAUUUUGGUUGA